UAAAAUCAUGUAAUAAUUCUCAUCGAGUUUCGUAACACUACAUCAUUCUCCCCAAAGCACCUUCCAUGGGUACUCUACAAACUGUUCAGCCAACAACCGAUUGCCACGUGGUGGCGAUGCCUUAUCCGGGCAGAGGACAUAUCAAUCCCUUGAUGAACAUCUGCAAGGAGCUCGUCUCACGAAAUGCCCGAUUACUCGUCACAUUCGUAAUCACCGAAGAGUGGCUCGGCCUCCUCGGGUCGGAUCCGAAACCCGACAGAGUCCGAUUCCGCACAGUGCCGAACGUCAUACCAUCUGAGCAUGGUCGAGCGAAGAACUUCUCAGGCUUCUUUCAAUCCGUCACCAACAACUUGAAAGCUCCCUUUGAGGAGCUCCUCGAUCGCCUCGACACUCCAGUCAACGUCAUCAUAGCCGACACCUACUUGAUUUGGAUGACCGACGUCGGAAACCGGAGGAACAUUCCUGUGGCUUCGCUUUGGCCCAUGUCGGCCUCCGUGUUUUCGGUCUUCCGUCAUUUUGAUCUUGUGGAGCAAAACGGUCAUUUCCCAAUCGACCUAUCAGUGCGUGGACAUGAAAUUGUGGAUUACAUCCCCGGGAUUCCUACGAUUCGCGUUGAAGAUCUUCCCACAAUAUUCGAAGGGGAAGGUCGAAAGGUGUUAAAAUGGGCCAAGGAGGCUACUAGUAAGGUUUCCAAGGCACAGUUCUUGUUGUCCACCUCAGUUUACGAGCUUGAAUCCCAAGUCUUUGACGCUUUAAAGGCCAAGUUUCCAUUCCCAGUGUACCCACUCGGACCCAGCAUACCUCACUCACAGCUCCAAACUUGCUCUAAUUAUUCUGAUACAGCUGAUUAUUUCAAAUGGCUAGAUUCUCAGCCUCAAGGCUCUGUCUUAUACAUCUCUCUGGGGAGUUUUCUCUCAGUUUCAGCUGCCCAAUUGGACGAAAUCGUGGCUGGAAUACGGGGCAGUGGCACGAGGUACUUGUGGGUGGCACGUGACAAUGUCUCAAUGAUCAAAGAAUAUGGUACUGAUGAUGAUGAUGAGCUUGGGUUUGUGGUGCCAUGGUGUGAUCAAUUGAGGGUGUUGUGUCAUGCUUCUAUUGGUGGGUUUUGGACUCACUGUGGGUGGAAUUCUACUUUGGAAGCCGUUUACUCUGGAGUGCCUAUGCUGACUUGUCCUAUAUUUUGGGACCAAGUCCCAGAUAGCAAACAAAUUGUUGAAGAUUGGAAAAUUGGGUAUAAUGUAAUAAAGAAAGGUGGGACGACUAUGAGUAGUAGAACUACCGAUGAUGAUGAUCAGGGUUUGGUGAAAAGAGAAAAAAUAGCAGAGCUUGUUAAGAAGUUUAUGAAUAAAGAGAGUAGUGAUGGUAAAGUGAUGAGUAAAAGAGUGAAGGAAAUUCAAGAAGUAUGUCGUAAAGCAAUAGCCAAAGGUGGAUCGUCUGACUCAAACUUUGAUGCUUUUAUCAGGAACAUUUCCCAUGGUCCUAACAUCAGUAAGCUAAAUUAGUUAAGUUGUGUAAGACUUGUUCGAGAAUCGAGAUGAAGAUAAUUUCAACUGUCUAAUUAUUCUUCAUCGACGGAACUGUUACUGAAAUAAUUAACUAAUAAAGUGUAUGUUUAGGUUUAUGAGGGAUUUUUUUUCGUUAAAUAAUAUAAGUACUUGUCAUUAUAAUAAAAAGUUUCCUCAAACAAA